AUGAGGGAGGAAGACCCUGGUUCAGAGAUGAGGGAGGAAGACCCUGGUUUAGAGAUGAGGGAGGAAGACCCUGGUUUAGAGAUGAGGGAGGAAGACCCUGGUUUAGAGAUGAGGGAGGAAGACCCUGGUUUAGAGAUGAGGGAGGAAGACCCUGGUUUAGAGAUGAGGGAGGAAGACCCUGGUUUAGAGAUGAGGGAUGGCUUGUACACACACUCCUCCUCUCACGUGUAUCAGUUUGUGAACAUAUCAAAGACCUGGGCUGAAGCUCAGAAUUACUGCAGAGAGAAGUACAUCGACCUGGCCACCGUAGACAACACAGAGGACAUGGCCAGACUGAGGAAAGUUAUCGAUGGUUCCAGUGGUAUCAAGGACAAGGUCUGGAUAGGGCUUUAUGACAACAUAAACAGCUGGAAGUGGUCUUUAGACAACAGUGAUUACUACUCUGACAGGACUGAGUACGGUAACUGGUACGCAAAUGAACCAAACAAUGUUGGUUCCAGCCAGUACUGUGUUGUGAUUGAAGAAAACGGGCAUUGGAAUGACAUAUCUUGUGCAAUAGAAUGUUAUCCUGUCUGCUAUGAUGGUAAGAGAUGUUUUUAUAAUACUUUUGGUCACAUACUUAAAAUGCGUCCUGUUGGUGUCUCCGUCUGCUCUGUCAAAGCUAACGCUACCAACAGGUACAUCCUGGGACAACAGGGUAUGAACUGGGUUGAGGCUCAGAGUUACUGCAGGCAGUACCACACAGACCUGGCCACGGUGAGGAACCAAACAGAGAACCAGAUGAUCCAGGACUUGAUUCCGACUUCGAAUGCGUGGAUCGGUCUCUCCAGAGUGCCGUGGCGUUGGUCCGACCAGAGUAACUCUCCCUUCAGACUCUGGGGUCAAAAUCAGCCAAAUAAUUAUCUGGCUAAUCAGCAAUGUGUUGUCAUGUCUGAAAAGACAGGCUUAUGGGACGAUGUGUACUGUGGCAAUGAACUCUACUUCCUCUGUCACAGAGGUGAGUGUAUUCUCUUUAGAGCACUGUGGCGAUGGACACUACUUCCUCUGUCACAGAGGUGAGUGUAUUGUCUUUAGAGCAUUGUGGCGAUAAACACUACUUCCUCUGUCACAGAGGUGAGUGUAUUCUCUUUAGAGCACUGUGGCGAUGGACACUACUUCCUCUGUCACAGAGGUGAGUGUAUUGUCUUUAGAGCAUUGUGGCGAUGAACACUACUUCCUCUGUCACAGAGGUGAGUGUAUUCUCUUUAGAGCACUGUGGCGAUGGACACUAUUUAAUUGUAGUGCCCAGAGAAGCAGAGGAUUCUGCUGUCUCUUGAAAUGAUUUUGUAACUGUGUGUGUGUGUGUGUGUGUGUGUGUGUGUGUGUGUGUGUGUGUGUGUGUGUGUGUGUGUGUGUGUGUGUGUGUGUGUGUGUGUGUGUGUGUUGUUGAUUGAUUCCGGUGUAGAGAGCGUACGGAAGCAGCGUACAGUCGUCAGGAUGAAGAUCCACUCUGCUGCUGAUAUGACCAAUCCUCAAAUUGAACAGCAGGUUAUACAACAGGUGAGAGAGAGAGAGGAGAGAGAGAGAGAGAGAGAGAGAGAGAGAGAUGUUAGAGGAAUGUGAACAUCACAUCUUCCGUGUCUUCUAGCUGCAUGAUGAACUGAAGAAGCAGGUAGCGUCUGACAUCAAACUGAGCUGGACUAAGAAAGAUGGACAGAAUUUCCACAAGGAGGAAUUAGUGGAAGAGGAGGAGAAAAGGAAAGGUCGUUGUUUUUCUCUGUCUUUACAUAUUUAACCACUGUAAACCCACCGCAUCAGUGGUAUUUAAUGUCAACACACAACAUCAAUGUUAAGGUCAUUUAAUGCUGCGACAUCACUCUUUGAUAGCCCUGAAUUUCCAGGGAAUGCAAACAGAAAUGAACUUCAACAGAGUCUAAAUUACAAUAGAUUAAAUUCAUGUUAUAAGUUUUGGUCUGUAUGGUCAAUCACUUGAUGGACCAGGCUGAUGAAUUAGCUUUUGUGUUGACUCUUCCCUAGAUUCCUGUGGGUGAAGCAUGAGGACACGGGCUGCAUCCAAAUACUGCUGACUGGCAUCCCUCUCUCCCCUGCUAAUUGAGCUACCAACCAAUCAUCAUACAAGUUUAUUCCUUCAUCAAUCAAUCAAUCAAUCAACCAAUCACUAACCUUCAGAAGAGCCACUGUAUAGACGCCAUACCCGGAGUAUUAGAACAAAGCCCAGGCCUGAAUGAAGCAUGUUGCUCCAAUGGGGAGCUGCGCUGACAGAAUUCACAGUUGUUUUUUAAAUAAAAAAA